CGUGACGUGUAACACGUUAAUGACCGAGGUUUGGCACAGAACGAGGGCGAUCGUUUCUGAAAAAUUGUUCCAUGCUAUGUUUAACGCUUAAUUAGCUUUGCGCGGAUCCAAAUCCCAGAAAACAUUUCUGUUUCUGGAAAACUCUUGACUCAGUUGUUUCUACUGGUCUUCGAUUAGCCAUGAAGUCAAUCCAUCAGUGAUCAGAGGUGUAGGAUAGAAGUAACUCCAGAACAAGGGGCUAGCAAAGACUGCGUGGCGGAGACCUGACAAGGCUAUCAGCAAAUCCUGGGUCAUGGAUGCGAAUAUUCAAGAAGUGUUUCGCAAUAUGAACCGAGAACAGGAUGAAUUCGAAGAAAGCACGCGCCAAGACGAGCUGAAGAAACUCCGGAAGCUCGAGAAGAAGAUGGCCGCACUGAAGAGACGUUUAGAGAACCGAGAGAGAUUGAGCGAAGUGGAGUCAGCGGACGAGCUGGAGGAGGAGUUCCAUGAAAAUUUAGGGGACCUAAUGGAAGAAGAUGAACUUUCCGACAGUUCGACAGAAGAACUCGAGGGUCAGAACGAGCAGGCCAUUGGUAGCAGGACAAAGAAGGAGACAAGAAGCAGUAAGUCUGGAAAGAGGAGCCUGGCAGCAACACCAAUUGAUACAACAGUGACGACGCCAUCAAUGAGUGUAGCCAACAGAGUGGACAAUGCAAAGGUGAAGGUGACUGUUGGAGCCGUUAACAUCAGUGCCGGUGAAAGGACAACGGUGGUCAAACAAGGCGGCCAGAUGAAAGUGGCCGAUGACGCAAAAGAUGCCGACGUUAAGAUCAAACAACAUGACGUCAACAUGAAGUUGGGCAGUGACGUCAAAAUAAACAGCGAGGGUGGAGGAAUGCGUCUGGAAGCUCUGGGUACCACUGCAGUGAAUGUCAAGGCCGGUCCCCAGACAAUCAAGAUGAAGGAUAAAAGCAAACUGAACGUCCAUGGUGUCGACCUCAAAGGAAAACACGACGAGGCCCUUAUCCACAAAGGAGCAGUUGAUAUUCAGAUAGGACUAGGGGCGGAACUUGAGAUCAAUGGGAAGCUGCCAAGAAAUGUACACGUACUCAAUGACAUAGCCUCGAAGGACGAUGAUGACACAUUGACGAUUUGUGUUGAUAACAAUCAGCGGGUCGUUUUGAAAGCUGAGGACGGCCGAGAAAACGAGGAAAGGAUUCCAGAAGGGGACACUGUGACCAGAGAUCGUCAGGCCUUCAAAAUCCUCCGGCAAGGACGACUGAUAGUCAGGAAAGGACCAAAGAAAUGUGCAAACUGGAAGAGCAACGAUGAGAAUCUUUACAGGAAGCUUGACAACAAAAUCCUGAUGUUCAACCUAAGAGGUCAACAUGAUCUUCAGGUUUGUGUGUGCACUUGCCAGGCAUGCCAGGGUCGCAUGCCAACCCGGCGUGAACUCUAUAUUAAACAUGGCUUCUGGCCUGUCAGACGAGGACACUUGGAGAUGAUGAUCGACAUGGAUCUCUUACAUUUAUUCACGAGCAUCCGGUCCUGCUCUAAACACAUAUCCCUAACGUGCUACGUGAAUGUGUUGCGACAUUUUUUCAAGACGAAAGUGGAAAUUCAAGAACCGAGUGAAAUGUUCUACUCUGCUUUCCUGGAUGUCCUCGAUGAGUAUUUGAGUCAGGCAGACCAGUGAGUGUGCCGCGUGCAGUAUUCAUGAAGCGAUCACAACACAACCUCACCUAGUCGACCAAAGAGGUCAACGUCCUCUCUUGGUGGCCAUUAAAGUGAACAACUCACUGACAGCUAAAUAUUCCUUCUCUGUAUUUUAAUGUCUCCAAUCAGACAGGUUUGUGUUUAUCUUUCGUCAGAUAAAAUUCAAUCGUUCUUACGGAUAUCCCAGCUUCUAUCGCCACAAAAUCUACUGGGUAGCUAUUAUAGUUGUCUACAUUAUUAGAAGAUAAAAACUGUAUACAGUGAUACCUCGGUUCUCGAACGCCUUGACUUUCGACCAAAUCGGUAUUCGACCAGGAAAUUCGAGAAAAUUUUGUCUUGGAAUCCGAACAAAUAUUUGGAACUCGAACAUCCGAA